GAAGAUAAUCCUCCAGCAGGUAAUCAUCAACUUUUAAAUCAGCAUCACCUCCACCAUGAAGACGCUGAUUCUGUCUGCACUUCUUUGUGCCGUGAUCACGCUGACCAGAGCUGCUGCUCUUUCAGAAGCAAAGGAUGAAGGUGGGGAAGUGGCAAUAAUUCAAGAAGGAGAGCAUCAUAUCUUGGAGAGGUCAACAUCUUGUCCCAGUGGUUGGACUAAGAUCAGUGAUCGCUGUUUCCUCUUCGUUCCACGAACCAUGACUUGGGCUCAGGCUGAGAGAAACUGUCUGUCCUUAGGUGCACACCUUGCAUCUGUACGUAGAGCUGAGGAGUAUCAUCAGAUUCAAAGGCUGAUAGCAGAUAAAACUCAUGGGAAUCCACAGACUUGGCUCGGAGGCUCUGACGGUGCAGAGGAGGGUUUUUGGUUCUGGAGUGAUGGUACGCCUUUCACCUUUUCAUACUGGUGCAAAGGAGAGCCAAAUAACAUUAGGGGCCAGCACUGUUUACAAAUGAAUGAUGGAGGUAACAAAUGCUGGGAUGAUAUGCAGUGUCACAGUCACCUUCCAUCCGUCUGUGUAAAGAAAACCAGCUGAUUCCUGGGCUGACACAGAGGCAUGAAGCACCUGGAAAAAUCACAAACACGGGCAGAUGUUCUUUAAACUCAUCUCUCUUCAUGCCAUCAGUCUCAUAUGUACCCUGAAGGCUCUAUAUCUCAUUUCAUGUCUUUAUUUUAUUUUCUAUCGCUGUAACGCAACUUAAGGAAUGAAGCGACAAGUGAAUUAAGAAGAUCUGGACUGUCUCUGAGGCCUUGUGCCUUUAAUAAGAGCAGACUGAAUGUGUGAAAAGAAUGCUUUUAGCACCAACUUAUUCUGCAGAGUGAACUGUGCUUUAUUGUCUAAUGCAAAUUAAAAGCCUUGAAGCAUUGAAA